GCCCUAACAAUAUAAAGCGUGCUACGCGGCUACGACGGCACUCUACGGCCAACGUGUAGCCCCGAAGCACUACAGCACUUUCCUAGCAACCACUAUGGGCAUCAAAGCGUACCGUGUGGCGGUUCUGUGCGCCGUGGUGGCUUGGUGCGCUGCGGACGUGGCAGCUGCGCCCGAGCCGCUCUGUGUUGGCGCAGUGCAGGACGACCCCCGUGCCGCGCGAUUCUGCCAGGCGCUCAACACCUUCCUUGAACUCUACUCCGAAGUAGCCGAUGAAAAAGAGCAAAGAAAGUUAGAAGCUCUGGUACGAGACUACCCUCAGCUGCUGGAUACGGGCAUGAAGCGGCAGGAUGUGGUGCACUCGUUCUUGCGUUUUGGGCGUCGCCGCUGACGCGACCCCCCCGCGCCGCACACUCGCUCACGCUCUGCCCCGCAGCAACCGACACGGCCCUGGCAUUUGCAGCUACGGAGCUUCAAACUAUUGCGUUGACUAAACACUCUCAGCCCCAAAUAAAUAUAAAACCAAAUAUCUA